ACACGUAAUGCAAAGUAAGGUGGGGGCUGGCUUGACUGCGUGUCUCAAAGUGGUACAAAGUCCGUUUACUCCCUCCCCUUCUACUCAUCAGCCAGUUAAAAUAUGGAUCUAAACACCAUGUGAUCAAAUGCAAGCGCUGAAAAGACCAUACACCACAGAUUAGUGUGUAAGGAGGCAAUGAAUGUAUCUUUUCUCUGGUAGCUGAAAGUGAAACUUAAUUUGACUGGAGAAAAUGGCGCAGCAACUGAUUCAGCUGGAUCAAGAAAAACUGAGCUGUUCCAUCUGUCUGCAGCUUCUAAAGGAUCCAGUCACUAUUCCCUGUGGGCACAGCUACUGCAUGGACUGUAUCAAAAACUGUUGGGAUGAGAAGGAAACACACAGCUGCCCUCAGUGCAGACAGACUUUCACACCGAGGCCUGUCCUGGUGAAGAACACGAUUUUAGGUGAGUUAGUGGAGGACCUAAAGAAAGCAGAACAUCCGACAGCUUCAUUUGAUCAUGCCUAUGCUGGACCUGGAGAUGUAGCCUGUGAUUUCUGUUCUGAGAGGAAGCUGAAAGCCUCCAAGUCCUGCCUGAUGUGUAUGGCCUCUUACUGUGAGCAUCACCUUCAACCUCACUUCAACAUAGCUCCAUUAAAGAAACACAAACUCAUCAAAGCCACUUCAAAGCUUCAGGAGAACAUCUGCCCUCACCAUGAUGAGGUGAUGAAGAUCUUCUGCCGCACUGAUCAGCAGUGUAUCUGUUAUCUCUGCUUAAUGGAUGAACACAAAGACCAUGUCACAGUGUCAGCUGCAGCAGAAAGAGCUGAGAAACAGAAAGAGCUUGAAACAAAUCGGCAAAAUGUCCAACAGAGAAUCCAGAACAGAGAGAAAGAUGUGAAGGUGCUUCAAGAGCAAGGUGAGGCUAUCAAUCUUUCUGCUGAUAAAGCUUUCAGAGAAUGUGAUAAGGCUUUCAAAAAUUUGAUCAGGCUCAUUGAGAAAAAAAGCUCUGAGGUGAAGCAGAAGAUCAGAUCCAAGCAAAAAGCUGAACAGAACAGAGUCAAAGAGCUUCAGAAGAAAAUAGAGCAGGAGAUCAGAGAUCUGAGGAGGAGAGACACUGAAGUGCAGCAGCUCUCACAAACAGAGGAUCACUUCCAGUUUCUAAAUAACUACUCGUCACUGUCACAUCUGAGUGCAUCUACAAACGUACCCACCAACAACAAUCUUACUCUGCAGUACUUUGAAGAUGUGACUGAAGCUGUGUUACAGACCAGAGAUAAAGUGAAGGCUCUUCUCAGUGAUGAAUGGCCCCAAACUUCAUUCUCAGUGACUAAAGCAGAUGUUUUACUGCCUCAAGGAGAACCCGAAACCUUAAGCGAAUUUUUCAAUAGUUUAUUAAGUAAAAAAUAUCAUAACUAAAACAUUUAUUAAAGUUGUAUGUUUCAGAAAUUCUCAAUUUAUACAGUGUGUUGAGAAAUAAUGAUAAAAACUGUGUUGUCACUGGGUUAACCGCGGGAAACAAAAAGAAAAAUGCAAAAAGAUAACACAAUAUAUGUCUAUGAUGAUAUGUAUGUCUGGAUAAUUUUGUUUGAUGUACUUUUAUUUUUACAAAAAAUAAGAUUUUAUAUAGGAUACCUUUUUUUUUAAUUUACAAAAAAGCAAAAAAAAAGCAAAGCAUUGGAGUUUUCUCCCACAUGAGAUGCGCUGCCAUACAGUCCUCCAAGAUCCUGGCUCCUGAAACUUAGUUCACUUUUAUUUAUAUAACGCCAAACUACGACAGUUGCCUCAAGAUUCUUUUUAUUCUAAGCCAAGACCCUACUUUAAGAUCGAGAAAACUGAGAAAACCCCAACAAUCAGAAGACCCCCUUUGAGCAAGCACUUUGGCGACAGUAGGAAAGAAAAACUUCCUUUUAACAGGAAGAAUUCUCCAGCAGAAGGGCUUGUGUACACAUGAAGCCUGAAGAAAUUCAUCUUUCUUUUCGAACCACUUGGAGAGCUCUAAGGUUUCAUUCGGCUUCGUCUGGCCAUCACUCCACGAGAAGAUCUGCUUUGGAUUAGCUGCAGUCUCACACUCUUUGCCUGCCUGCAGGGAGUUACUGAUAAUAGAUACGACAACAUGAAAGUAUGACUCAAGCCUGCCUUUUAUCAAUGGUUCAGAUUGCCGAUGAUGUAAUGCUGUGGUGAUUAUGUUCUUGGCACACUUUGGGCCCUGUAAUAUCAACUGAGCAUUAUUUAUACCCCCUAACGUACCUAAGCAGGCAACUCUCCAUAUUGUCAAUAUGGAGCAAAAUGGAGCAGAGUUCUUAAUAAAUAUAUCAGUUUUCCAUCUGGUAUAUCAUACAGACAUAUGGCUAGUAUAGAGUAAUUGAUCUAAAUGAUCAUCAUUUCCCAAAAGCUGUUAAAUUUGUUUUUUGAAAAUCAUUCCAGAAAUGAAGUAACCUUGGAAAAUCCCAAAAUAUGUGUAAAAUCCUCAAUCAAUCCGAAGCCCCUACAGCAAAAUUACUAUAUCUUCAAAUAAUAAUAAUGGAUACAUUGAAAUAUCUCAUUUUUAUUUUCCACUUUGCUAGUUUACUUCCUGCUUUAAAUUUUGCCUUAUUAUGAAAACAUUUUUCAUCUGUUAUACUCCUACUUAAAUUAGUGUAGACCUACAGUAUAUACGUUUUUGUCAUGGUGCUGGGUCGUUGACCCAGCGUUUUGUGCUUGUCAUUAUGUUUAUUAUUUUAUCUGGUUUGAUGUUAAUUUCUUCAUGGUUAUUAGUAUGUAGGUUUCAUUCUCAGGGUUUCCAGUCCUAAGGUUUAUUUCCUGUGUCGUCCCCCCGGUGCUUUGUUCGUGUCCAUGAGUUUGUUUUAUGAAUUUCCUGUUUUACUUUGAAGGUCUGUGUCUGUUAUCACUGUUCAGCUUGUAUCCUCCCAUCGUCUUGUGAAUUAGGAUCAUCUGUGCUUCCCUGCUGUGUGUCAUUGCCUGAUUACCGUGUGUGUGUGUAUAUAUAGUGGGUGUCGGUGUGUACUCUUUGUCUGCUCGUCUGCGUUUCAUGGUGUUUUGUUCUUUGGUCUGUGUCUCUCUGCCCUUCACCCCGGUUCGUUAUGAUUUCAGGUUUGCUCUUUAGUUUUCCCAGUUUAGGUUUCUUCAGUAGCUUCUCAAGCCUCAUUGCCUGUUUUUGUCACUCUGCCACUUUGUAAAUAAACAUUCACUCAUA